GAAGGGUCUGAGCGCAUGGAGAGAGAGAGGAAAAAGAAAAGAAAAAAAGAAAAUACCACUCCUGCUACCGAUCACAGCAGAAUACGUGUAUGUCCCGCUCAUGUACACAUGCAGCCAAUCGGCUCCUUUCUUAAUUGGGUGGAUUGUUUCAGAGUGACAGUUGUCUAUCAGUGAACUGGCGGGGAAGAAUGUCACGACGGGACCAGAGGUAUCGGAGAGGAAUGAAAGGACGGUGCUGUGAAUGUAGCUGUAUCUUGUCUCAUUGGUACUAUGAAAAAGAGGAACAGCUCUACUGUAAGAAGCACUACUGGGCCCGUUAUGGAGAGCACUGCCACGGCUGCAAAGACACCAUCGCAAAUGGACUCAUAAUGGUUGCUGGAGAGCAGAAGUACCACCCUGAAUGCUUCACUUGUACGAAAUGUGAAAUGGUCAUUGGAGAUGGAGACACCUACACACUCAUCGAACGCUCUGAACUGUACUGUGGUCACUGUUUCUGUCCGGGUGUAGUAUCAGAUGUGAGGUCAACUACUCCGCUCACCAAGUGUCCCCACAUGGUGGCGCUGGUGUCUCUCCCUCCCCGAGCUGGCGACCGACGAGGUCUGACUGUAGCCACUGACCUCAGCCAAGAGAAAGGCUCUCUUGUCACCGUGAUAGGGUUAGACUCAGCGGCCCUCAGCCCUGACCUUCUGUCCUCUAUCCACAUUGGUGACCACGUACUGGAGGUCAACGGCAUCCCUGUCCGCAACAUUUCCCCGGAUGAGAUAAUACAUGUGAUCGAAGACACAAGCAGACCACUGCAGCUGACAAUUGAACACAUCCCGCAUUCUUCCAACGACCAUCCUCACUCAGCCAGUGUCCAGGACAACAUCAGCUGUCCUGACCCCUGUGUCCGUGACAAACUCGCUUCAAUACCCAAACUCCCAAGUCUGGAGGAGGAGCCAAGUCAGGGAGAGGAGGCAGAUGAACCAAUCAGGAUGAGUCUCUCACCACCUCAGCACCAAGGAACCAUGGGAAUGCGAUCCAGACACAUCAUGCGCAGCUGCAGUAUAGAUAAGUGUCCCUUGUCCCCUGGAGCACUGUCACUUUUAUCUCAAAGGAGAGAGAUGGUUCGCUCAGAGUCUCUGCGUGUGGACCCUGGAGAGCGGACCCACCGCAUCUUCAGACCUUCAGACCUCAUCCAUGGAGAAGUGCUUGGCAGGGGCUGCUUUGGACAAGCUGUCAAGGUCACACAUCAGGAGACAGGGGAGGUGAUGGUGAUGAAAGAGUUGAUAAAUUUUGAUGAAGAGACACAGAAGACUUUCUUAAAGGAGGUGAAGGUGAUGCGCGGUCUGGAUCAUCCCAAUGUUCUCAAGUUCAUUGGGCUGUUUUAUAAAGACAAACGAAUAAACUUCGUGUCUGAAUACAUCCAGGGAGGAACUCUCAGAGAAACCAUCAUGAAAAUGGACAAAGAUUUCUCCUGGCGCAUAAGAGUGAGUUAUGCCAAAGACAUUGCGGCUGGAAUGGCAUAUCUACACUCCAUGAAUGUUAUCCACAGAGAUUUAAACUCAUACAACUGCCUGGUCAAAGAGGACCAGUCUGUGGUGGUGGCAGAUUUUGGGCUUGCCAGGUUGGUGAUGGAGGAGAGGAAUCAGAGCAGAACAUCCUCUCUAGAGCGGCCUGCAAAGGGCCCACUGUCAGAGCUCCGCAGGCCUGACCGGAGGAAGCGGUACACUGUGGUGGGAAACCCCUACUGGAUGGCCCCUGAGAUGAUCCGUGGGAAAAGCUACGACGAACGGGUGGACAUCUUUUCCUUUGGUAUCAUGAUAUGUGAGAUCAUAGGUAGAGUGAAUGCCGACCCCGACUAUCUCCCCCGGACAAAUGACUUUGGGCUAAAUGUAGCUGGUUUCCUGCAGCAGUACCACCCUCCACAGUGCCCCUUGGCCUUCCUGCCGCUGGCUGCACUCUGCUGUGACAUGGACUCUGAAAAACGUGCUUCCUUUUCAAAACUGGAGGAGUGGCUGGAGAACUUGCUGAUGCACCUUGACAUCGGCCUGCCUCUGCUCUCUGAGUUAGAGCAGCUCCGCAGAGCCUUCUGGCAGAACCACAACCACCAACACCACCCUCACAAUCAGGACAAGACCAUUAACUCUAAUGAACAAACCAAUUCUUCACAGCCACAAAGACAGAGCCCUGUCCCCACACAAUCUUUGGACAAUGGAAAUAACCACAAAGAGCCUAAUCUCCUUACUCAGAGCAAAGACCAAAAUAGCACACCUGACAGUCAUUUGGACGAAGAGCAGCACACACAUGACCACCAUGACAUGAGGACUGAGCAUGACCACUCCUGCUUGAACAAAGACUGUAAGGACAACUCACAAGGAAACAGCCAGAGGUGCUGCAGGUCUACAAGCAGAGACUCAGACAAGGACACGUCUGACAACUAUGAACACAGUCUCUCAGGACAACCAGACGCCCAGCGUGAGCCCACACAACCGCUGCAGGUCAACAACUCGCUGCUAGGCCGAUGUAACAGGCCCAGUAGGACAAGUAGAGUGCUAUGGGACAGAUCUACAGAGAACAGCUCCUUUCUCUGACUGCUUAAUCCGAUGGCCAACACAAGAAAUGUCUACAAAGUCCACUCUUGAAGGAUAUGCCUUUUCAAACAAAUUGGACAGAAUUGGACAAAACCUAGCAAUAGAAAUCCAAAGGGGAUAAUUUACAUGAGAAGCAUUAAAUGAUUUGUAUGCAGCUUAAUCACAACUGGUUAGCAUAUUAAAUUUGCCUCACAUUUCUCUUUCAACCAGUAUUUAUAUGUUUUCAACUAGAGCCCAAUCAAUACUGGAUAUUUGAUUUUGAUACUCACAUUAAUAUUUGAGAGUUUAAAAAUGCAGUAGUGGUGUAUUGGCCAGCAUUCAUUUUACAAAAACACAUAACAUAAACAAACAUUUUUGAUGAGGAUUCCUUAAAGUCCCCAAAACUUCUCUGUGCUCUCUGGUGGACAGACUAUGUAAUGGUGACACAGUUUCUAAAUGACCCCAAACAUAUCUUCGACAUUUCAAAUUACUACAAUUUCCCUUGACAUAUCGGCUAACAUGUGCUGAUAUUGGUAUUAUUUAAAAGGCUAAAAUUGGUUGGCCAGUUUACAGGUUGGGUUCUAGUUUCAACCUUGUCCAGAAGCUGUGAAACACAAGAUGGCACUUUAUACUUUAAGCUGCAAUACGUUGCAUGGGUCAGUUAUUUAUCAAAAUACUUUAUGUAUUUUCUGUUAAACAUUUUCAUAUUACAUCUAACAGACUGAUUUGUAAAUAUAAACCUGCAACUGCGGUUAACUUAAUAAAGAGAAAUAUAAAUUCAUGUGAAUGCAUUUACAUCCCUUUUUAGCAUUAAAUGACUCCUUAUACGCCUUAGUGAAAUUUACUUCUACUUGAUUAUCAAAUGCAGUCCUUUUCUAGACAAUUGUUUUUCAUUUAGUAAGGAAAACAGACAACAAUUUAACAAUAUAUCUUAUCAAUGUUAAUGAUUUCAUUAAUAAACUUAAAGGAAUAAAUCACAAGAAAUUAUGGACCACGUAUCAAAC